GGUCGCCCGGGAGCUCGCAGGCGGCGGGACGGAGCCCGGAGCCCGGAGUCCGACAGUGACGGAGACGCGGAGGGGCGGAGGCGGCCCCGGCUGGACCGGCUGCAGACCAGAAAUCACUUUCCUGGAACCAUCGUAAACAAGAAACACCAACACUGACCUAUGCCGGUGCCGCCGCCACCACCACCUCCUCUGCCUCCCCCUCCCCCACCUGUGGGGGCUCCUCCCCCUCCCCCACCACCAGCACCUCCGGUUAGCACAGAUGCUCCCAGCCUGAGAAAGCCAGACCCCAAAGGUCGGAGUGCGCUACUGGCUGACAUCCAGCAAGGAACUCGCCUGAGAAAAGUCACUCAGAUCAAUGACCGCAGUGCCCCACAAAUCGAGAGUUCAAAAGGAACCAGCAAAGAUGGAGGAGGCUCAGGAAACUCCCGAGGUGGAAGCACACCCCCAGCCCUGGGAGAUCUCUUUGCUGGUGGCUUUCCUGUGUUGCGACCAGCAGGUCAGAGGGAUACAGCAGGUGGCAAGACCGGACAGGCCCCUGGCUCCCGGGCGCCUUCUCCCCGGCUUCCCACCAAAGCCCUGGGCAGCCCGCAGCCCGCGCCCGCCUCCCCCAGGCUAGGCACCGCCUCCGAGGCGCCCGGCGCGGCCAGGCCGGUCCCUCCGCGCCCCAGCGUGCCCGCCCCGCCGCCGCCCGCCGCCUCCCCCAUCAAAGCCCCGCCGGUGUCCCCACCCGGCCCGCCCACCAAGGGGAACCCCGCCGCGGGGGCACCCCCGGUCCUGGGCGCGCCUCCGCCGCCCCCUCCGCCCCCCACGCCGCCCCCGCUGCCCCCGGCCGCGGCGCUUGGAGACAAGGCAGUCAGGCCCCACCUGGCGCCCCUGCACCUGCCGCCCAUCCCGCCCCCGCUCCCCCUCCUCCCGCCCUGCGGGUACCCCGGGCUCCAGGCCGAGCCCGCCAGCCCAGUGCAAGAGGUGCGCGACCCGCCCGCACCGCCGCCGCCGCCCCCGCCGCCGCCGCCGCUCCCCCCGUGCGCCCCCGGCUUCCCCAGGGCGCCUGUGCCUGUGCCCCCUCUGCCAGGCGCGAACAGCGAAGCCCCUCCCCCACUGCCCCCCAAGUCCCCCAGCCUUCAGGUGCCGAACGCCAACGCGCAGGCCUUGAACACCCCUCCGGGCCCUUUAGGCUCUCAGGGACUCCUGCCGAAGAAGAGACGAGGCCCAGGGCCCAGUGGGGGAAAGCUAAGCCGUCCUCCAGCACCGCCUGCAAGAUCACCCACAACAGAGCUUUCCUGCAAGAGCCAGCAGCCUGGGGGCCAGCUGCGGAAUGGAAGCCUGCACACCGAUGAAUUUGAAUCUAAAUUCACAUUCCAUUCUGUGGAAGACUUUCCCCCUCCGGAUGAAUACAAACCUUCGCAGAAAAUUUACCCCAGCAAAGUCCCCAGAAGCCGCACACCUGGUUCCUGGCUCCAAACUGAAGCAGCUGGUCAGAGCUCUGAUGACAUCAAAGGCAGAAAUUCUCAGGUGUCUCUGAAGGCACUCCGGUGAGAAGAUGGAUGAAGCCAAGGUCCUGGGUUUCUACUUCACUGGAUGGGUACUCCCAGGAAAAUGCAUCAACUCUACCAUAUCAAACUGCACUCAUCUCACAAUCAGGCUCUAAACAGAGCAUAUAUUUAUUGUAAAUACCUGAUUUGCACGACCGUUAAAGCAGCAUUUUAGCUAACUUUUAUUUGAGUAAUAUUUUUAAGACACCCAUAAUUUCUCCAUUUUUAAAAAUGCAUCUUAGCAUUUGCCUCUGUACAGAUGGAGCCCGCCCUACCCCACAGUGUCCACCUGACUGUAAACUUGCUCAUGGGCUGGCCCCUCCACUCCCCCAUUCUGAGUCGCUGUUCAGAGCAUCCUUAGUUUACAGGUAGACCCAAGUCAUAAGUAUCCACAAUGGCUUCUUAUUGGCACAACUUUAUAUUCUCAUCACACCAACUGCAAAAUCAAACCAAAUAAUGCCUUAUACGCAGUGUAGCUCAGAGGAAGUAGUUUGUGUGUUUCCCAGGCCCCGAUGGUGCCACACAGCCUCCAGUGAGCGAGAUGCCAUGUCUUGCUUCAAUUCAGCAGUUCAGGGAUGUCUUUCUGCUGCCUAAUGUAAAUAUAUCCCCAUACAAAAGUGAGCAGGGGCCAGCCCCUCGGAUGCCUUCUGCAGAGCCCCUUUUGUAACUGAAUUAUCUUACAAGUAGCCAAUGCUCUUACUGUUUACGAUGUCCCUAGUGCCCACAUCUCUGUCACUUUCCACUUGUCCUUCCAAGUUCCCAGCCUCAUCCUGGUAGCCAGGGUAAAAUCAGCUUUGUGAGAUUUCAGUAUGUAUAUUUUUUCUCCUGCAGGUUACAAGCAUACACAGCCCAUGAUUAUAGUAAGCUUCUUACUGGACCUGAGGUCCCCCUUCUCCACCCCCAUUCUGGGUGCAAUAUUUCCAUGGAAAACAUGACACAAAAGAGAACAAAAUAUCUUGUGCUAUAUGUGGCCUCAUGCCUACCUUUAGGAAUAAUCCGAGGAACACCCACCAGGCCAACCAGAGUCCCUUCCAGCUGAAGAGCACCGCCUGUGCCCUGCUGUGUGCACCUGAGGGUGGCAGGUGAUGCAUGCGGCAUGUUCAGCUGCCCCUGAGCCUCAAAGGAGUGAAAGUAUGUCUUUGCCUGACCCCAAACGCUCCCCAUCCAUAGGGAUGGGAGGGUGUGCUGUGACAGAGGAAGAAGAGAAAAUAGAAGGAAACAUACUGAUCCCUGCACUGAGCUCAAAAUAGGUACAAAUUAAAGGAACAAGAUGGGCAGUACUUGCUUAGGAACACCCCACUGAUGCACUCAGACCUCAAGGAUGUCCCUAGAAAGGAGGACAGGUAGGUCAUUCAGAUAACCACCAGGCUUGUCUGGGCAGAUUGAGCAAGGCCCCACUGAGGUAGAACUUUCUUUAAAGUUCCAGGUAGGAGAACUAGCCAGGUUCAGGUCCUAUCUCUGGUAUGGAUAACGCAGGCCAAACUGUGACAGUUAAAUUGAUGGAAAGGCAGCUUCUGCAGGGUGUUCUAUUGCUGAUUUGUUGUAUUGAUCCGGAAGGCUUCAGAAGGGCCAGAAUUUCCUGCAGUAGUACCCACUCCACCUCUACUCUUAGCACUUCAAUUGUGCAAAAUGGUAAUUAUAAAAGCCUUAAUCGUCAUGAUGAAGGCUAAGGCAAGGGCAGUUCCACCUCUGAAGUGGACUGCCCAUCCUGAGAGGGACUCACAUGCUCAUGCUGGGAGAAAAAAGUGAAAAUAAAUUAUUCAAAGACAGAGGAAACAAAUAACAACCAAAAAAUGGCAACUAAGGAGCAAUCUGGCAUAACUUCUGUCCUCAAGACUUGUUACUGAACCUAUGGCCCAGCUCAAGCAGUUGUACUGAGCUCCCUCUGGCAGUAUACCUGUUGAGCCCUUGACCAUGAGCCCACAGGUGCAAGUGCCCCUGUCAUCUUUGCUUAGUCUCACACUGUAGACUGUGACUCCCCCAAUAUUUUGCCUGUAUUUUAUAUUUAUUGAUGCCUCUUGCAGAUUCAUUUCUUUGUACCUAAUAAACUUUAAUAAGUGGAAA